GUCUCCAUUUAUUUAGGCAGUGCACCCAAUCAGGAAUCUGAUAGGCUUGAAGAGAAGAUUGGGUGUAGGCCGCCGUUGCUUUGGCUACUUCCAUCCAGCAAUACCAGGGGAGCCCCUGAUUUUCAUCGAAGUUGCUUUACACAAAGAUAUGGCUGCAUCUAUACAGGAGGUCUUGUGGGAUGAACCCCCGACUCCUGAAUCUGAAGCCAGCUGUGCACUGUUUUAUUCAAUAUCGUCUACCCAGCCUGGCUUAUCAGGUAUUAAUCUGGGGAAGUUUCUUCUCAAGCGUGUGAUUGAUAUGUUGAGAAGAGAUAUGCCUUCAGUACAGAUUUUUGCAACACUGAGCCCAAUCACUGGUUUCAUGCAAUGGCUUCGUGCAAAACUGGCCUCCCAAAUAAAAUUAGCCGAGACGGAAUCGCAAGAGGGGAAUUCAUUAGAAGGAGCUAGCUCUACUUUCAAUAUAUAG